AUUGAAGAGUAGCCAAGAAAAUGUCUACUCUUAGUAAAUCAGAAUACUUAAAACGUUAUACUUCUGAUGCAGAUGUACCACAUGUCAAAAGAAAACGAAAAGACAUUCCAGAAAAUUUUCGAAUGAAAAAAUAUUCAGGGCCUCGUCCGAGGACUGAAUAUUAGCACCAACCGCCAUAAAGUCAGACCCGUCUUUCUGCACCGGUUCAGUAGAGACAACCACAACGUCGUCCAAGGACUGAUAUUCCUCUGAGGGAAUUUGCAAGGCAUCCGCACUGGAAAUAAGGGGUACCUCUUUCUUAAGUAUGAAGUCGACACUUCAACCCAACAACACCUCAGCCACAGACACAGAAUGGUUCAACAGGUCUAGAAUUUUUGAUGAUGACAUAGAUAUUAAGACACUUCCAAGCAGUUUUGAAGACUCAACGGCAUAUGACAACAUAGAAGAAAAUAUACCAAUAAUAGCAGCUGUUAUAGAUGAACGCCCCAAACACAUUCAAUGUCUGGAGGCCUACAAAACUAAUAAGUGGAAAGGAGUCACACUGCAGAGUGAUUCUUGCGCAUCACCCCAAAGAAAAAAAAGAAAUGAUUCAGAUUCUGAUGCACCCCCAGGAAAAGAAAGAAAUGAUUCUGAUUCUGAUGCAUCAUCCCCCAAAAAAGGAAGAAAUGAUUCAGAUUCUGAUGCAUCACCCCCAAGGAAAGGAAGAAAUGAUUUUGAAUCUGAUGCAUCACCCCCAAGGAGAGGAAGAAAUGAUUUUGAUUCCGAUGCAUCGCCCCCAAGGAAGGAAAGAAGUGAUUCUGAUCCUGAUGCAUCACCUCCAAGAAAAGGAAGAAGUGAUUCUGAUGCAUCACCCCAAGGGAAAGAAAGAAAUGAUUCUGAUUCUGAUGUAUCACCCCAAAGGAGACCAAGAAACCUUUCUGAUGAUUUGCCUCAAGGAAAUGUUUCCAUUAAAGAGGAAUCAAACAAGAAUCAAAGAUAUAGAGCAAAAGCAAAUGACAAAAUGUCUAACAAAGGGAGAAAUAAAAACAUACAAAAAACCUUGUCAGGCAAAAUGGCCGGUCUUUCUUCAGCAAAAGAUUUGAAAAGGGAAGCAGAUAUUAUAAGAAAAAAGGAGGAUGAAACAUUUAAACAGAUAAAUUCUAAACUUCUAGGAGAAAAUGCUGUAACCCAAUAUAGGAAGAGUGGAAGACAGCAAAAAAAAAAGUGUGCUGAACCUACACAGGAGGAAAUUAAACAGACAGAAAAAUUAGAUGCCAGAUAUGAUGAAUGGGGAAAAGGCAUGAAGCAAAAGGAGGAAAAAGCAAUUCGGUUAGAAGAUCAUGUUUAUGAAAUGACCAAACCUUUGGCCCGCUCAAAAGAUGAUCAAGAUUUAGAUACCAUGCUGAAAGAUCAGGAGAGAGCUGAUGAUCCUAUGCUUACCUUUAUAAAAAAGAAAAAGUUAAAGGGUUUAGAAAAGAAAGCUUUACCAAAGUACAAAGGGCCUCCACCACCACCGAACCGAUUUGGAAUUAUGGCUGGAUAUAGAUGGGAUGGUGUGGACAGAUCUAAUGGAUUUGAGCGAUCAAUAUAUGCAAAAACAUCAGACAAAAAAGCUGUAGAAUUAAUGGCAUACAAAUGGAGUGUGGAAGAUAUGUGAACAUUUGUAUAUGUUGUGUUCAGGAAGUGACAUUUAUUAUUGGUAUCACAAUGUGCAAUGACAAUAUGGAAUACAUGUUAAAAAAUAGUAUGAAGACAUUUAUUUGUAUUAGAUAUUUUAUCUCUCAUAAAUCAAAGUGUCAGAAUUACUAGUUUACUUUUUGAGUUUUUCUGAACACCUUUUCUAUGACUUUCAUUUGUCUGUCCAUGUCUGUUAAUAUAAUACAAGGGGGAUUAAAUUUUUAAGGUAGUCAAUAACUAUUAUAUUUUAUAUAUAUUAGAUAGAUCUAAUAGAUUGUAAGUUCCAUCACUAGAAUAUUAACAGGGAUGUGUUUUUUCAUUGCUAAAUUAAGAUAGGAAGUUGUUGUUUUGCAGAUCAAUUGUAUAUUUAUUAGAGAUAUGCAUAUUAAUUUGAAUUUGAUUUUUGAUAAUUAAUGAAAAAGAGACCAGCUGUUGAACUUUUUAUUUGGAAAAUGUCAUUUUUUUUGCAUGAUAUUGCGUAUAGUAUACCUUCAUUGUAUGGAUAACUACUUUUUUUUAAGAUAGAAAGUUGUUGUUUUGCAGAUGAAUUGUACAUACAUGUACAUGUAUAUCAGAAAUGUGCAAAUAAGUUUGGAUUUGAUAUUUGAUAAUUUAUGAAAAAAAUACCACCUGUUAAAUUAAGUUAUGUUUUGGCAAAGAAUUGCAAUAAGAGUACCCCAUAACUGGGAAGGUAAUUUUUUUUCAAUUCAGGGUUGAAAAAUGGAUUAUAGAUACUGUUCACAAUAAACCCUGCAUAUUUCUGUCUCA